AUACCUUGAAGUUGUUGGGUGGUCUGCAAGAAAUCUUUUUGAACCACCCAGAUGUGGAGCCACGACAUUUAUCAUCAAAGAAAUUGUCACCCUGUUAAAUAACUACAUCCAGAACACACCACUGGCGCCCCUAUCCCUGAAAAUUGUAUUCACUCUCCCCCAUCUCUUCCUCCAAAAAGCACACCCAAAAACCAAACAAGCCGAAAAUAUCGAGGCAUUAAGAAGGCGAGUUGCCUUGUGGCAAACUAACGAGUUAGAUGCCCUCCUUGGAGAAGCCAGAGCCAUACAGGAGAGGCUCCCCGGACCCCAACAAAACAACACCUCCACAGAAGACAGGGCCCGGAAGUUUGCAGACAAAAUGCGACAAGGCAAUGUUGCGUCUGCAACACGAACCUUGUCAGAAAAUUCCACACGGGGUGUGCUUCCACUCACCAGGGACACGAUCAAUCAACUCAAGGAAAAACAUCCUCCACCGAGUGACCUGAAGGGACUGAGACUGGCAGGAUGUCACCAACCACCGAAUCCAGUUAUAUACGAAAGGAUAACAGGAGAGAUGGUGUGGAAGAAGGCCCUCCAGACUCGUGGCAGCGCGGGGCCCCCAGGACUUGAUGCACAGGGAUGGCGAAGCUUGCUGAGCAGCGCCAACUUUGGCAAUGCAGCUGGUGACUUGCGCAACACCAUUGCAGCAAUGGCAAGAAAACUCGCCUCCUCCAGCUGCCACUAUGUGGACGCCCUGACGGCAUGCCGCCUCAUUCCCCUGGACAAGAGGCUGGGAUGCAGGCCUAUAGGAGUCGGAGAAGUCCUGCGGCGCAUCGUAGGCAAAUGCAUCAUGGCUGUCGUCAAAGAAGACGUGAGAAUGGCAGCAGGGAACCUCCAAGUUUGUGCGGGGCAGCAGGCAGGAGGAGAAGCAGCAGUCCAUGCCAUGCGGGAGAUAUUCGACCACGUGGAGUGCGAAGCAGUGCUUCUUGUUGACGCCAAAAAUGCCUUCAACACAAUAAAUAGAAAGACUAUGAUACACAACAUUAAAACCAAGUGCCCUAGCUUAGCUAUGUAUGUCGAAAAUACCUAUACAUACCCGACCGACUUAUACAUAAAUAGCCACAGUGGAAAAGUGAAAGUGUUAAAAUCAUCUGAGGGAACAACACAAGGUGACCCAAUAGCCAUGGCUAUGUACGCCCUGGGCCUAUCAGUCCUCCAAAAUGAAAUCGCGUUCGCAGAAACACGGGUGAAACAGGUGGCUUAUGCGGAUGACCUCUCAGGUGCUGGUAAAAUCUCAGACUUAAAAGGGUGGUGGGACACUGUGAACACCGCCGGCCCUGAGAUAGGAUACAUCCCUAACGCCACCAAGUCUGUUCUUAUUGUCAAACCUGAACAUUAUGACCAUGCCGCAGAAACUUUUAGAGGAAGUGGCGUCAUUGUGACAAAAGACGGACAACGACACUUAGGUGCAGUGAUCGGGACAGAGGUAUAUCAGAAGGAGUACGUGGGAGACAAAGUAGCUGAAUGGGUGAAGGAAAUAGAAGCUUUGUCUGCCAUUGCCAAGACUGAGCCACACGCUGCCUAUUCAGCGUACACCCACGGCAUCCAACAUCGGUGGACGUUCCUGAUGCGCACCAUCCCCGGCAUCAGUCCACUCCUCCGACCACUGGAAAAUGCCGUCAAGAAUGUAUUCUUGCCGGCGCUGGUGAAAUCUCAUGCUUUGGGGGAGGAGGAGAGGGAUAUGUUAGCACUUCCCCCAAGACUGGGUGGGAUGGGGAUCACCAACCCUGAGAAGCUGACAGAUAAGGAGAACCAAAACUCCAUCACCCUUACCAGGUCACUCAUCAACAGGAUCAUCGCUCAGGAGGCAGAGGGCGAAAUAGACCAAACAGAAAUAAGAGAUAUUAAAAGAAAAAUCUCAGAAGAAAGGCAACAGGCCCAAAAAGACGAGCUGGACCGUCUUACACACCACCUGUCCACAGAAAUGAGUAGAAAAAUACACACAGCACAGGAGGCAGGCGCCUCUAACUGGCUAACGUCAUUACCAAUCAGAGCAAAGGGCUUCAGUCUCAACAAACAAGAAUUUGUCGACGCCAUUGCUCUGAGAUAUGGCUGGCCGAUUGAGGGACUGCCUGAUCUCUGUGCAUGUGGAUCACCAAAUGAUGUCACCCACACCAUGACAUGUAAAAAAGGAGGCUUCGUCUGUAUUCGACACGAUGAAGUGAGGGAUCUGACAACCAGCAUGCUCGGGGAGGUAUGCCAAGACGUCACUACCGAGCCGGCACUGCUUCCCCUGGACGGCGAACACCUUCGGUACAGGACAGCCAAUACCUCACAGGAGGCACGGGUAGAUGUAAGUGACCGCGGAUUCUGGGUGCGCGGACAGCGGGCGUUCAUGGACAUCCGCAUAUUCGACCCGAUGGCUGCCUGUCACCGUGAGCUGCCCCUGCAAGCCGCCCACCACAGGAACGAGCAGGAGAAGACAAGGGCAUACGGUGAAAGAAUCCAACAUGUGGAUCAGGGCAGCUUCACCCCCUCGUCUUCAUCACAUCCGGCGGGAUGGGUCCCAGGGCCCAAUGCUUCUACGCACGCCUCGCGGAACUAGUCUCAGAAAAGAAGCAUCAGCCAAGGAGUCACGUUGUCGCCUGGAUGAGGUGUCGCCUCUCGUUCUCCCUGCUCAGGUCGGCCAUCCUAUGUCUCAGGGGCACCAGACACUCUGACCCAAAAGCCACCAACAUCUCCAAUAUGGACUAUGAAGCCACAGUGGUGGAGAGUGACAUUAGGGUGGGUCGGGAGUGACUUGAGUAGGGAAGGAAAGGGGGAUCUAGACGUAAUAGAUGAUAGGUGAUUUAGUGUCAGGUAGUAUUAGUGAUAUGGUUGGAUGCCACAGUCAUUAGCGAACAGAGUUGGGGCUAAUGACCUCCAAGCUAUGGAGCCCUCCAUGAUUAUGUGUCGGGAAAAUAAACAUGGGUGGAGGUAUCAUUUAUGUAGUAGUAGAA